CGGUGCUGUCAUCAUAUGCAAACAGCUGUGCAAGCGUGGAGAAAAGGGCAAAAAGCUUCCGGCAAGGUGCUGUUUGACCUGGUGUGCUCCCACAUGAAUCUCAUUGAAGGUGACUACUUUGGCCUGGAGUUUCAGAACCAGCAGAAGAUGAUGGUUUGGUUGGAUCACAUCAAACCGAUUAUCAAGCAGCUUCGGCGACCCAAACACACAAUCUUGAGGUUUAGUGUGAAGUUUUUCCCGCCUGACCAGUCGCAGCUGCUGGAGGAGAUGACAAGGUACCUGUUUGCGCUCCAGAUCAAGCAGGAUCUCUCCUGUGGACGUCUGAUUUGCAGCGACACCAACGCGGCUCUGAUGGUCUCCCACAUCAUCCAGUCCGAGAUCGGAGACUUUGACGACAGCCACUGCCGCUCCCACCUGCUAAACAACAACUACAUUCCAGAUCAGAUGCCCCUGAUCGACAAAAUAAUGGCGUUCCACUCAAAGCAUAUAGGUCAGUCACCAGCCGAAUCAGAUUUCCAGCUAUUAGAUGUUGCUCGCAAGCUGGAUAUGUACGGGAUUCGGCUGCACCCUGCCAAGGACCUGGAAGGUACGGUGUUAAGUCUGGCUGUGGCACACAUGGGCGUUGUGGCCUUCCAGACUCACACGAAGAGCAAUUCACACACAAAGAUCAACACCUUCAGCUGGUCCAAAAUACGCAAACUGAGCUUCAAGCGAAAGCGUUUCCUCGUCAAGCUGAGGCCGGAUCUAAACAGCUCCUGUCCGGACACGCUGGAGUUCCUGAUGGCCAGCAGGGACUGUUGUAAAAUCUUCUGGAAGAUCUGCGUGGAAUACCACGCCUUCUUCCGCCUCUUUGAGGAACCUAAACCCAAGCCCAAGUCUGUGCUCUUCACACGAGGAUCUUCCUUCAGAUUUAGCGGUCGCACACAGAAGCAGUUGAUUGAUUACGUGAGGGAAUCUGAGUUCAAGAAGAUCCCGUUUGAAAGGAAACACAGCCGGGUCCUAUACAACAGUCGAGUUCAACACAACAGUCGCCUGUCGCCGCUGCCUUCUCCUCGCCACCAUGAAGUGCCAUCAGAAAGUGGUGUUCCUGAGGACAGACUCAGCUCUUCUCCUCGCCAUCACUGGAAGGAGUCAGCGCUUGUCAGCGCUGAGGACCCAGCAGCUUCACGGACUUCAAAGAUAAGCCCAGCCCACCAGAGCAACGGCCACGAAGACAGACAUGGGUCCGUUUCCAAGACCGAGGAAUCAAGAGGGUCAACUCGACGGACGUCCCCAGAACAUCCGAGCCAAGGUGUGGUUCCCCACAGUCCUCAACUGUCCGUACCCCUCCAUGGGAUGGUGAAUGGUCAGAAGUCCCUGGAGCCAUGUAGCCACAGUCUGGACGGCCGUCAACCUUCACCUCUGACCAGCCCGCUGCUCAACGACGCCUGCAGCAUUCGCACCGAUGAUGAAGAUGAGGUCCGGAGGAAGAGGUUCCCCACUGAUCGAGCCUAUUUCAUCGCCAAAGAGCUGCUGACGACAGAGAGGACAUAUCUGAAGGACCUGGAGGUGGUUACUCUGUCUUUCCCGAGUGCAGUGGGACUAGAUGAGGCAACCCCCGACUCCCUGAAGAACACCAUUGUCUCCACCUUUGAGCCGCUCCACAAGUUCCACACUGGUUUUCUCAGGGAGGUGGAGCAAAGGCUGGCGCUGUGGGAAGGACGUUCCAAUGCGCACAUCAAAGGAGACUACCAACGCAUCGGCGACGUCAUGCUGAAAAACCUCCAGGCCUUGAAGCCUCUGACGACAAACUUGCAUAAGCAGUCCGAGAUCCUCCUCGAGCUGGAAAAGGCCUGCCAGGCGUCCCGUAAGGUGGAGGAUUUGUGCCGAGACUUCGAGCUGCAGAAAGUGUGCUACGUCCCCCUGAAUGUCUUCGUCCUGCGUCCCAUCCACCGUCUCAUUCACUACAAGCAGAUCCUGGAGCGCCUGUGCAAGCAUUACCCAGCCACUCACGUGGACUUCAGGGACUGCAGAGCUGCUCUGGCAGAUGUUUCCGAGGUGGUGGAGCAGCUCCAGGGGAGUCUGAUCAAGAUGGAGAACCUCCAGAAGCUCCUAGAGCUGAAGAAGGACCUGCUGGGCGUUGACAAUCUUGUGGUUCCUGGCCGAGAGUUCAUCAGGUUAGGCUGCCUCAGCAAGCUGUCUGGGAAAGGCCUUCAGCAGCGAAUGUUUUUUCUGUUUAACGACGUCAUUUUGUACACGAGUCGAGGGAUGACGCCGACCAAUCAGUUCAAAGUGCACGGGCAGCUGCCUCUGCGUGGCAUGACAAUCAGAGAGAGCGAGGAUGAGUGGGGUGUGCCUCACGCCUUCACCCUGGUUGGACAGGGCCAGUCGGUGGUGGUAGCAGCAAGUUCCCUGACAGAGAUGGAGAAGUGGAUCCAGGACAUCAAGAUUGCGAUAGAGACGGCACAAACCAGCAAUGGUCCCAUGUCGGAUGUGCUGACCUGCACGCUGACUGACAACAAGUGCCCGGAGGACUCGCCGGCGGAGGCAGAGUCCGAGGACGACACGCCCGCUUCGCCCGCAACGCCGGAGAAGUCCACCCCCCACCGUGGCAACACCAUGGUGCACGUGUGCUGGCACAGGAACACCAGCGUGUCCAUGGUGGACUUUAGCGUAGCUGUGGAGAAUCAGCUGUCUGGGAACUUGCUGAGAAAGUUCAAGAACAGCAACGGGUGGCAGAAGCUCUGGGUGGUCUUCACCAACUUCAGUCUGUUUUUCUACAAGUCCCACCAGGAUGAUUAUCCUCUGGCCAGCCUCCCUCUGCUGGGGUACUCUGUCACGGUUCCCUCUGACCAUGAAAACAUCCACAAGGACUACGUCUUCAAGCUGCAUUUUAAGUCCCACGUGUACUAUUUCAGAUCGGAAAGCGAAUACACUUUUGAGAGGUGGAUGGAGGUCAUCCGCAGUGCCACAGUCUCCUCAAGCAAGACCCGCUUCCUGAACAGCAAAGCUCCCCAUCCUCACUGAUUUGGUGCACCCCCCCCCCUUCCCAACGUCACUAAUGGGUGGCAUCUGCCCGUCCUGUCCUGCCCCCCUCCUUCAGCAACACUUUGCUUUCCCUCCCUGCAUAUCUGGGACCUUUAUACAUGUGUACGUGCACACUUGGUGCUCCUCAUUUUUUAAUGCUUUAAAUGGUGACACGUCCGCUGGUUUAGACUGCAUCAGAGACUGCGUUUUUAUCCUCCAAGUCUAAAAAAGAAAAAAAAAAAUGGAAGAAAAGAAAACCAACCCCUUUUUACAGAUGUCAUUUUCUACAGCUUUUCUAACAGCCUGGACCACUUUCCAGAUUAGCUGGUUUUACAUUUUGUCAUUUUUGCAGUGGGAACAUGUCACUGUAGAUUCUCUGUUAGAGGGUAAAAAGACUAUAAUUAAAAUCCUCCCAGCGUUGUCAUGUUUUGCUUUGUUUCGUUUUCAGCUUUGAAGACUCCCUACUGUGUCAGUGCCAAACUGGUUUAUAGCAACAUCAGGGACUUUUUACGGAGUAGGGCGAUUUUUUUUUUUUAUUUUUUAUUUUUUUUCUCCCCCCUCUGUGUGCUCAUAAGAAACAGACCACCCUUUAACUAUUGACGCUCUGCUCCCAGCUGGCCCAGCACAACGUUGUUGCUAAAGAAAGAGAAUUAUUUUACUACCAGAGGUAGCUGCCAUCAUCACUAAUGCUGUCUUAAAUAAAGUAAUUCCUCUAUUAGCUGAUCACCGUUUUAUGGAAACUGAGUAUUUUUUUAAACUCUUCAGCUGGAUGAGAAAAGUAAGGUCUCUCUGCAUAAUCUCUGCAUUAUGAGGGAACGUGGAACUGAACGCUUUAAGGACUGAGUGUGUAAGAAACAAAGUAGGCUUCCUGCCUCCUGCAUACAGAUGUUUUUAUGGCUCUGAAUGAAUGAAAAUAUGCAGCCAAGUGUUAUGAAAUGGAAAAUCCUCGAUACUGCUCGGAAGUUUUUUUUUUUUGUUUUUGUUUUUUUUUUAGAUAAGAUGGCUUUUGGAAAUAAAAGCAAUAAAAUAACUUGA